AUGUCUCAUGUUUUUCAGGAUGCUCAAAUGUCGCUUUCUGGCCAUAGAAAACUCGCGGUCGUGCUUCGAAACAUCCAAACCAAAGCCAUUGAGUUGGACUACGAGGAGAGCUUCAACUUCCAUUUCACCAAGCUCGUGCUGAAGGUGUUAAAAGUCCGGAAAGGCGUGCCUCUGGCGGACAGAAUCGCUAAAUUCGUCACGGUGUUUGUGAAGAAGAUGAUUGAGGAUGAGAGUGAGACGCCGUCUCGUCCAGCUGAAGAGGAAGAUGGAGUUCCCACUGUUUUCGUGGAAUUUCUAUUGAGACACUUGCUCCGUGGCACAGAGUCAAAGUUCAAGGACGUGAGGUACAGAAUCACCCAGUUUUUGGCAUAUCUCGUCCAUACGGUACCUGAGAUCGACGAGGACCUAUACAAGGCAUUGGAGUACACCUUGCGCCGUGGUCUUCGAGACAAGGAGCAUAUUGUGAGGCUACAGUCCGUUGUUGCUAUGUCAAUGUUUCAGCUUCAUGACCAGAAUGGAGAUCAGAGGCCUAACCAUGCUGUCAGGGCAAUUGUGUCUGCAAUGAACCACGACGAGUCCCCCGAGGUACGCCGUGCUGCAAUGCUCACGGUGACGAAAAAUAGAUACACAAUUCCCGAGGUGCUUCGUCGAGCUAGAGAUACCAAUGCUAUCAAUAGAAGGCUAGUCUAUGGAAGAGUGUUUUCUGAAAUCGGCAGUUUGAAGGAGGUCGAUGUCGAGUUGCGCCAGAGCCUUCUUAAAUGGGGUCUACAUGACCGUGAAACGUCUGUGAAACAGGCCGCUGUGAAUAUGUUCACCAAGACCUGGCUUAAUAUGACCGACGAGAAGAUCUUGGCUCUUCUAGAACGCCUCAACGUCGUAGAUAGUGACGCGGCAGAGCCAGCCAUGAUCGAGUACUUCGAUAAGCAUUCCGAGUCGUUGGACAAAGUUGAGUUCACCGAACAGCAAUGGCGUGAGCUAGAUUCAGAGCGGGCGUUUUACAUCAGAACCUUCCUCGACUACUGUCAUGCCCAUAAUCUUCACAACAAGCUCGACAAGAGUCUUCCUGAGUUGACAGUUCUAGCAUCCUACUUGAGCGACUAUUUGAAGCUACGCAAGAAGCUUAUACAAGGAGAUCAGCAACUUUUAGACGAAAACACUGCGUUCAACAAGAAAAUGGCUCGCUUUAAUCAACACAUACUCGAAAAAGAGGCUGACCAGGCUGACCUCGCUCGCAGAAUUUCGAAGAAUGAAAAAGCAUUGAGUCUGGGUCAGUCUCAUGUCGAAACGUUAACCGAGACAAUCAAGCGCACGAAACAUGACUUGACUCACCUAGCUUCGAAAAAGGCCGACCUUCAAAAAGCUGGUGCCACCACCGACUCCAUUAAUGAAAAGAUUGCAAGCCUUAAAGAAAAAAACAAGCUGUCAACAAAGGAGCUUGAAGACCUUAAGAAUAGAUUGGUGAAAAUACAAGAUUAUCUUUCCAAAGACGAGGACACACUCAAGAAGAAUACCAAAGCCAUGCAGCAUCUUGAGGACGAGAGAGAAGCUUACUACGAAUCAGCUAGUGAGAUUCCCCGAAAAUUCAAGGCUUUCGGUGACCAGAUGAAACAUUUAGAAUUCAUCAUCGAACAACUUCUUCUUGUUAUUAAGCGGAGUGACUUCGCAGACAUUGCUGGUACCAGAAAAUUACAACCGUUAAUUUCGCAGACCUUGGCUGCUGAUAACUUGCCAGACAAGCUUAUUGUGCUAUGUGUUCAAAUUCUCCGUCAGCUUUCAAAUGAUGAAAGCUAUUUCUCAAACUUGUGCAUUGAGAUCAUCACUGAUAUUCGUGAUUCUGGAAUGGAGGAAAACGACCAGACUUUUGUUUCGGCAGCUUCGUUAUUUGGUGAAGACGAUGGCGCUGCAGAUGACGACGAAGAUGACAUCGAGCUGAAUACUGAAGAGUCGAGCAAGAGAAGAAAGGUUGCACCAUCCCUUCCAUCUGAGGACCUUCUCAUCCAGUGUUUGAUGGUACUCCAGCAUUAUCUCGAGCUUUUAGAGGACUCGGUUUCGAGUACACAUCAGUUUGACUCUCUUAUCGAAACAUUGAUUCGCCCAGCUAUGUGUAGCGCUAACUGGGAGGUCAAACGAUUUGGAGUUCGAUGCCUAGGUUUGGUGUCGCUUCUUGACAAUUACCUCACAUUGAAGAACUUGAGAAUCUUUGGUCAGUAUGCAUCGAAGAGUGCUGACGAGGAGUUGAGAAUUUUAGCAAUUCAAGUGGUUUUUGACCUUCUCUCUACACAUGGCGCAGGUAUCCUUGGUGGUGACUCUGAAUUUGCAGUCGACUCGCUUUCACUUGCGAGACUCUUCCACACUAUGUUGAGAGAGUUUGACCAUCCAAGAGUGCAAGCUGUUGUCGCCGAAGGCUUGUGCAAGCUAUUCCUUGCUGACUUGAUGGAGGACUUUGGCAAAGAUGAAGUUGCAGAAGAUGACGAGGAAGUUGACUACGAGGGCUCACUUUUACGUGCUCUUCUUAUUGCCUACUUCCAUCCACUCAAUGCUCAGAAUCAGGAGCUCAAGCAAAUCUUGGCCUUCUGUGUUCCAGUCUACUCAUUCAGUCACCCCAAGCAUCAGGCCAAGAUAAGCAGUGUUAGCGGCGACUGUUUCUACGAGAUGUUCAGCAUCGACAGCAAAUUUAAUACUUUCGAGAAGGGUAUGACACCAAGCACGGUGCUUCAGCAGUACAUCUAUUGGAGUGACCCACGAGAGAUUGUCAAUGUUGGAGAGGAAGACUACAAGAAGAGUGCAGCACAUCUUUGGCAAGUGAUGAAGUUUUUGGAAAUUGUGGAGCAGGACUCCCCUAAGGCGAUCAAAAAGCUUAUUAUUACGAAUUUGCCCAAGUUGUCCUUGUACAAGGAAAUCGGCGCUCCGUUACUUAGAGGCUUAAAGGAGGCUAUCAGUGACACGAAAGAUAGGAUCGAGACCAACAAGAAUGAUCCAGAAUUCAAUCUUGAUGCACCUACGGAGAGAGUUUUUGAGAAGUUCAGAGCCACCGUUGACGAACUUGUGGAGGCUGCUGAAGCUGACGAAGCCGAGGAACGAGCCAGACUACCAAUGAUGAAAUCACGUAUUCCGGAUGCCGAAGGUGAAAAUGAUGCUAAACGAGACGAGGAUCCCCAGGGUCCCCAGGAACGAGAGGGUCCUGCAAGUGAAGGAGAGGCAGAAAAGGAGGCAGAAAAAGAAAAGGCACAAGAGAAAGAUCUAGCGGAAAUUGAUCAGUUGCUUGAUGAGGAAGAAAAUGUCGACUACGAUAUUGGAAACUGA